GAGUCAUAUGUGGGUGCCUGCGUACAUGAAGGAGUGUUUCUGGGCUGGUAUGAAGACCACACAAAGGGUGGAGAGCAUCAAUCGGUUUUUUGAUGGCUAUGUAAACCGCAAAACUAAACUCCACGAGUUUCCUCAGAAAUAUGACAUGGCCUUAACUCAACGCGUGUCAGAUGAAGUGAGUGCAGAUGAACGUUGCUCGAAGUACCUAAGGAGGUUGGUUAGUGGCUUCAAAGUUGAAAAAAUUUUCCAAAAGUUAUACACAGACAACAAGUUUCAAGAAGUUCAAACGGAGUGUUCGAGAUUGAUGUAUUGCAACAUCCGAGGAAAGGAGGUUUUGUCUGAAAACCUGAUUCAGUAUUUGUUGAUCGAUCGUGUAUGGAUAGUACCUCCAGGUGCUAGUGAGGAGGUCAUUACAGAUAGGCGAAGGCUCUACCAAGUUACUUACUAUCCUAUGACUAAGGAGGUUCAAUGUGUUUGUAGGAAGUUUGAGACAAGUGGCAUACUUUGCAAACACUGUAUUAGAAUUCUCGACGAAAAUGAGGUUGAAGAUCUACCACAAAAGUACAUUUUAGACCGUUGGCGGAAGGAUGUACCCCGUAAGCACACUAGGGUCAAGGUGUCCUACCAUGAUCCGGGCGACACAGAAAAUGUGCAGAGAUUCAACAGAAUCAUGGAAAAGUUCGAGCCCAUCUGUGACACUGCUACCAUGCUCAAUGAUCAAACAGUCCAAAUUGUAAUUGAAGCAUUAUCAAAGCUGAAAAAAGUUGUUAAUGAUUGUAGGGACAAGAAGAGUCAGGAACAUGUUCCUGUAGUUAGCACACUUUCAUCACUCGCUGAAGAAGACAGAACGUUUUCAUCAGUCUCAGUUCAUGCUGAUCUUGUAGACCCAUGUCCAUCUGCCAUGGUGCCUGUUAUAAAGGUCCCUAUAAUUAAGAAAAGGAAAAGGGGCAGGCCUAAGGGUUCAAGGCACAAAUCAUUAGCUGAAACUGGCUACAAAAAACCCAACAAGAACAAGAAGCCUAGCCCAGAUGCAGGAAAUGGUGUUGAGGAGAUAGAAGAGGAUGCAGGAAAUGGUGCUGAGGAGGGUGAAGAGGAUGCGAAUAAGGAGAAUGAACAUGCACCGACUGCAGGAACAGUUAAGGUAAAGGCAAAGGGAAAGGGAAAGGCAGAACAAGGUUAGGGCAAGGGAAAGGGCAAACCAAUCAAGGGCAAGGCAAGAACAGUUAAGGGAAAGAGGAAGGGCAAUGCUGAACCAGUUAAGGGAAAGGGAAAGGGUAAGGGCAAGGGUAAGGGCAAUGCUGAACCUGUAAGUUUAUACAGUCAUUUAUGUGAUUCCAAUUAAAUUAUUUUUUAUAUCAUAUUUGACACAUCACUCACAGGUGGUGAAGCAUAAGGUGGUGAAACAGAAAAGGCUUGUGGAACUAAUGGCCAAUGGGGCGUGACUUGUAAGUUUGGAUACUACAUCAACCGGAAGGCAUACGUAUUCCCGGGAGGCGAACAAGUUUCUGAUGUGGAUUCGUGCGUUUAUUGUACUAAGCUAAUGGUGAAGCGUUGUUAGUUAAAAAAAUUUAAAUUAGUAACAAAAACCUAAUGUCUGAUCUAUUAUGAGUUGAGUCUUAUGUGUUGAAUCUAAUGUAUGAACAUUAUUUGAAUCUAGGAUUUAUAAUAUCACACUUGAGGCUCAAAACACAUGCAUACUUGCUAAUCAGGCUAUUAACAUUACCAAAGAUUGAAAAUAUAAGCAACUCCUUCUUGUACAAAAUUAUAUGUACAAGAUAAAAUUGGACUACCUUUUUAUAAACCCAAAAGUCCAAAACAAAUAUUGGAGUAGUGUGAAAAGCAAAAAAUAUAAAAAAAAUUGGGUGAUGGGAAAUGCAGUUGUUGGGAUUCGAACCUAGAACCAAAUAUAGUGUGUAGGUAGAAUGUAAACCAAUUGAGACAGUCAUCGAUUGUGAUAUAAUUAGGAAACAAAUAUUAUAUAUAGUAUGGAACUAUUGCUUUGCACUCUCAUUCUCAUUUGCAUAAUUUAAUUAAUAUUUUAAUUGAAAAAAAAGGUGUAUUCCGCAAGGGGGGUUAUAUAAGACUUCACAAAUAACUUUACUUUUAACAUGCAACCAAAAUCUACUACAUGAACAAGCAACCUUUCAUGUCUAUUCAUAUUCUGCCACCCUUUUCAACCAAUAAACCCAAAAGUCCAAAACAAAUAUUGGAGUAGUGUAAAAAGCAAAAAAUAAAAAAUUUUGGGGGAUGGGAAAUGCGGCUGUUGGGAUUCGAACAUAGAACCAAAUGUAGUGUGUAGGUGGGAAUGUAAACCAAUUGAGACAGUCAUCGACCGUGAUAUAAUUAGGAAACAAAUAUUAUAUAUAGUAUGGAACUAUUGCUUUGCACUCUCAUUCUCAUUUGCAUAAUUUACAAUGGUGUCGUAAAUUAUGUAUCUUACAUA